AUGUGCACCAAGUAUAACGUCACAACCGCCACGCCAUCACUGCAGCAACUUCAGAAACUGGAAAUCUUCCCAACGCGGUGUUCCGAGCUCUUAUCGCCGUCAUUCCUAGACACAAUCGACCACAUUGAGAUCAACGACACGGUAGAGCGCGACGGCGUCGUGUUCUACCGCAUCGACGUGUUCCUAACACAUAAAACUUCGCACAUCCCAACGAUCAAGUCUACCGUCGUCUCCGAUCAACCAGAUUACCAGCUUGAACGGCGCUUCAACGAGUUUGCCAACCUUCGCUACAAGGUCUGGAUGUAUGCACAACGGCAACAUGAAGACGGAUACAGGUGUCAAUAUUGCAGCGAAUUUAUGAGCUUCAUCAUCCACUCAAUGUCCCAGCCGCGCGCGUUGAUCAAACUAGCUACAGGUUGGUGUACAGGAUACCCGAGCAUUCCCCACGUCGUCGACGAUUUCUUUCGUAAGUAA